AUGGAGACACUUACAUUGUUUCUGCUUGGACUGUACACAGUGAUGGGAAUGGGACACUGGUGUGAGCACACGGUGCAGGAGAAAGCGGAGCAUGUCCUGUCCCCACGUCUACAGCUUGAAGUGAGCUGCUCAGAAGUGUAUCAGUAUAACACUGAAGCCUGGAGGCUGGAUGUGGACAGGAUGCGAGUCAAGCACGGAGGCGAUGAUGGCAUUGCACUGUACUACAAACAACAGGGCCCCAAGGCAACCUGUUACAUGUACAAACCUCCAGAGAUGGAGACGCAGACUGUGAACAAAACAGUGAGGGUGUGUUGUGAAGGCUGGGGAGGACCACGUUGCUCUGAGGGUGUGGGUGUGCGUGGUCAGUGUUUCUCUACGUGGAGUUGUGAGGAAUUCCCUGGAGUUCACAACUCCUCCCUGAUGCCCGUGGAGCAGUGCUGCAGCAGCCUGUGGGGUCUAAGCUGGAGGAAUGCCUCGGACCAGACCUGCCUGUCUUGCACGUACACUCUCCUUCCUGACUCCCAGUUCUCUCCUCUGGUGCGUGGUGGUCUGCUGGGUAGCGUCAGGUUGCCUCAGAGUUCGGCCACAUGCAUGUCCUGGGGUGGAGCCCACUUCCGCACUUUUGACAGAAAGCACUUCCACUUUCAGGGCAGCUGCACUUACCUGCUGGCCUCAUCUACUGAUGGCACCUGGGCUGUCUACAUCAGUACAGUCUGUGAUGGGAGAAGACGCUGCAGUAAGGCUUUGAGGAUAAUGCUUGGUCUAGAUUUGGUCACCAUUCGACACAAGAACUUAACGCUGAACAACCAGCCUGUCCCAAAUGGAGAACCCCUCUUCCAAAAUGGAGUGAGUGUUCACUGGCUCGGGGACUUUGUGUUUGUGGAGAGCGGUCUGGGAGUGAGACUGAAGUUUGACCUGAGCAACACGGUCUAUUUGACAGUGACUGCUGAGCACCUUGCUGCCACCAGGGGGCUCUGUGGAGUCUACAACAACAAUGCUGAUGAUGACUUCACCACAAUGGGUGGGACUGUGUCCCAGUACGCCGCCAGCUUCGGCAACUCAUGGAAAGUUCCAGACCAGCAGAAUGAAGGCUGCAGUGAUGCAGCUGAGCUUGGUCACAGCUGUGAUGUCUCAGGAGACCCGACACUACGCAGGCAUGCAGAGUCUGUGUGUCACCGACUGCUGGCAGACCCCUUCACACACUGUCACCUCCGGGUGGACCCAGCAGCGUACGUAGACACCUGUCUCUACCUGUAUUGUAGCCUACCUCCCAGAGAGAGGGACUCCGCAGUGUGUGACACCCUGGCCAGCUACACCCGCGAGUGUGCCCAACAACACAUCAUAAUUAUGUGGAGGACAGCGGCUCUGUGUGGUCGUGUCUGUCCCAGAGAUCAGGUAUUUUCAGACUGCGUGUCCUCCUGUCCCCCCAGUUGUGCGUCUCCUCAGCACACAGGUCCUGCAGCCAUGGGGCAGUGCAGGGAGGAGUGUGUGGGGGGCUGUGAGUGUCCACCAGGCCUCUACCUUCACCAAGGACUCUGUCUGCAAAGAGACGAUUGUCCUUGCUUCCAUCGCAGAAGCACCUACAAAUCAGGGGACAGGAUACAGCAGAGGUGCAACACCUGUGUGUGCAGAGCAGGCCAGUGGCAGUGUACUGGGGAGAAGUGUGCAGCACAGUGCAGCCUGAUGGGGGCGCUACAGGUGACCACUUUUGACAAAAAGAGGUAUUCACUGCAGGGAGGAGACUGUCUGUUCACUGCUGUAGAGGACUUUAUUGACAGGAAGCUGGUGGUGAGUGUGCGCAGUGGGGAGUGUACAGCAGGAGGAGGUGGACAAGGCCUUGGUUGUAUGAGGGAGAUCUUAGUCACAGCACUCCGCACCACUGUCACCAUCACAGACACUGGUACAGUGACACUAAAUGGACAGAAGGAGUCAUUACCUGUGGUGACGGGGGACCUGGUUGUACGUAGGGCCUCCUCGUCAUUUCUCCUCAUCCAGACUUUUGGAGCCCAGCUGCUGUUGCACUUAGAUGGACCUUUGUUGCUCAUUACACUGCAACCUGGCUUUGCACACAAGGUGCGUGGCCUGUGUGGAACGUUAACCUGGAACCAGCAUGAUGACUUCACCACACCAGAAGGAGACGUGGAGAGCAGUGUUUCAUCCUUUGCGGGGAAAUUCACAACAGAGCGCUGUGCCCUACCUAAAGGGGCUCCAUCAGAUCCCUGCACCACCUACACCCAGAGGAGACAAUAUGCAGAGACUGUAUGCUCCAUCAUACACAGUCCUAUCUUUCAGGUGUGUCAUGACGUCGUGGAGAGGGAGCCCUAUUAUCGUCUCUGUCUGUCGGAGGUUUGUGGCUGCCAUCCACAGAAAGCCUGCCAUUGCAACAUCCUCACCGCCUACACCCGACACUGUGCACAAGAAGGAGCUACCAUCCACUGGCGAAAUCAAACCUUCUGCCCGGUCCAGUGUUCAGGAGGUCAGGUAUACAAGGAGUGUGGUCGUGCCUGUGGUGGCUCCUGUUCCGAGGGUUGGAGCUGCGAUGAUGAAGGUGUUGGAGUGGGUAUGAGGAUGUGUAUCCCAGGUUGCCAGUGCCCAACAGGACUAGUGCAGGACCACCAGGGCCAAUGUGUACCCAUCAGUAUGUGCCCCUGUGUGCAAGGAGACAAGACGUACCAGUCUGGUGCUGUUAUUAAGAACAACUGUAAUACCUGUGUGUGUGAGCAGGGACAGUUUAACUGCACUCAGGAGCGCUGUGAAGAGGUGAACCGGUGUCCAGGCUCUUUGGUCUACUCUCCACGCUCCUGCCUCCUCACCUGCUCCAGCCUGGACCCUCCGGGCCAACAGCAGGGGUCCAGUGUUUCACAGUCCAGCUGCAGAGAGCCGCUGUCUGGCUGCGUCUGUCCCAAGGGAACUGUGCUUCAAGGUGAUAACUGUGUUCUGCCAGAGGACUGCCCAUGUCACCAUAAUGGUCAUCUUUACUACACCAAUGACACCAUCACUAAGGAUUGCAACACAUGUGUGUGCAAGGAGCGCCGCUGGCACUGCAGCCAGUCCGCCUGUGCUGGCGUGUGUUUGGCAACUGGUGACCCACACUAUAUGACAUUCGACGGGCGCUGCUUUUCUUUCCUGGGAGAUUGCCAGUACGUGCUUGCGCGCGAGACCAGCGGUUUGUUCAGUGUCACGGCAGAGAACGUGCCCUGUGGGAGCACCGGGGUCACCUGCACAAAGUCAGUCACCCUCAGCCUGGGAAAUACGGUCAUACAUCUGUUGAGGGGUAAAGCUGUUACCGUAAACGGGAUGCCAGUUGAUCUACCAAAGUCUUACAGCGGCAGUGGUCUGACAUUGGAAAGAGUCGGACUGUUUGUCGCCCUGUCCUCCCGACUCGGGGUCACUCUUCUGUGGGAUGGAGGCAUGCGUGUGUAUGUGCGCCUGGCGGCCAACCUGCGCGGCAGGGUCGGAGGCCUGUGCGGUAACUUUGAUGGAGACACAGAGAAUGAUUUCACCACACGGCAGGGCAUCGUGGAGUCUACACCCGAGCUGUUUGGUAACUCCUGGAAGGUCAGCCCCUCCUGCCCUGACGUGGCAAACCAGGACCUUCGGGACCCUUGUGCUCUGAACCCUCACAGGGUGACCUGGGCCAGGAAAAGGUGCGCAGUUCUGACUCAGGUGCUCUUCUCUCAGUGCCACCCCGAGGUGCCCUUCCAGCAGUAUUAUGACUGGUGUGUCUUUGAUGCUUGUGGCUGUGACUCCGGCGGGGACUGUGAGUGUCUCUGUACAGCCAUUGCUGCCUAUGCUGAAGAGUGCAACCGACGAGGGGUCUACAUCCGCUGGAGGUCUCAAGAGCUCUGUCCUCUGCAGUGUGACAAUGGUCUGGUGUAUGAUCCUUGCGGUCCAGCUUGCUCCCCUUUGUGCCCAGGUGUUCAGAAAAGUCCACACUCCCAGUGCGGUGCUCUCUCCUGCGUGGAGGGCUGCUUCUGUCCUGUUGGCACUGUCCGACAUGGUGGCAGUUGUGUAGUUUCUCGUGAGUGUCCGUGUGAGUGGGACGGCUCAAUGUUUCCUGCCGAUUCAGUCAUCACUCAACACUGCCAGAACUGCUCCUGUGAGGAUGGUUUGUGGCAGUGUCAGGGUGUGGCCUGCCCCCCUCCCUCCCCUCCCUGUCUGGAAUCAGAGUUCGCCUGCGCUGGGGGGCGCUGUAUCCCCUCUAUGUGGAUGUGUGACAAUGAAGAUGACUGUGGUGAUGGAUCAGAUGAAGUCUGCCCAUCCACGUGCUCUCCAGAUCAAUUCCGCUGCACCAGCACGCCGAGUGGACCAUGUUUGAACCUGGUUCUGCGUUGUGAUGGCCACCCAGACUGUGCUGACCAAUCAGAUGAGGAGUUCUGUGGACCUGCCACCCCUGUGCCCCUUUGCCCACCAGGGGAGUUUCAGUGCGCCAGUGGAAAGUGCCUGCCAGCCAGCCUUGUGUGUGAUGGACGGCUGGACUGUGGUUUCGCUGAUGGGUCUGAUGAACAAGACUGUGGCGUGGUGUGUGAUGAAGGAGAAUUCCUGUGUGCUGGAGGACGUUGUAUCCUCUACCUCCACCGCUGCGACGGACAUGAUGACUGUGGGGACCUCAGUGAUGAGAGAGGGUGUCUGUGCUCAAAAGGGGAGUUCCAGUGCCCUGGUGAUCAGUGUAUCCCUGCAGAGAAAGUGUGCGACGGACGCAGAGAUUGCACCGCUGGAACUGAUGAGGCUGUAUGUCCAAGUAAAGUUACCUGUGCUCCUGACCAGCUGGCCUGCAAUGACGGCACAUGUGUUUCCAACACUAAGCUGUGUGAUGGAACAAGAGACUGUCAAGGUGGAGAGGAUGAAAACACAACCAACUGCUACAGCGUCAUCAUAACAACAUCAUCCCCAGCUGUCACUCCAACUAUGCCCAGUUCAGUUUGUAGGUCCUAUGAGUUCAGCUGUGCCACUGGAGGGCAGUGUGUGCCUCUGGCCUGGCGUUGUGACGGGGAAACAGAUUGUAUGGAUGGUAGUGAUGAGCAGCAGUGCAGCGCCCCCUGUGGCCCCAGCCAGGUGCCCUGCCAAAGUGGGGACCAGUGUGUCGACUACCAGCAGCUCUGUGAUGGGAUUCCACAGUGCAGGGAUGCUUCUGAUGAGAGUAUUGACAACUGUGGCUCCAUUCGGAUACCUCCAUGUCCAGGCAGCUUUUCAUGCGACAACCGCACUUGUGUGAACAUGACACAAGUGUGCAACGGUGUACCAGACUGUCCGCGAGGCGACGAUGAGUUGGUGUGUGAUAAAACUGUCUCACCAGCGCUCCCUGGCGGAAGAAACAACACUGUCACCUGCCCUGAAUUUACCUGUAUGGAUGGAUCUUGUGUCCCCUUCAACAUGGUGUGUAACCUUGUUGCAGACUGUCCAGACUCCUCAUUAAAUCAAAUAGGAGUCCCCACUGACGAGCAGGGCUGCAGGAGCUGGAGCCCCUGGGCUCCAUGGAGCCACUGCAGCACCUCCUGUGGGACAGGCUCCAUGAGCCGCCAACGAACCUGCCCCACUGGUGACCCACUGCGCCAUUGUCAUGGACAGGACCAGCAGAGGCAGCAGUGCUUCAACACCACCUGCCCUGUUGACGGGCAGUGGAUGCCGUGGGCUAUCUGGUCGAACUGUUCGAGUAGUUGUGGUGGAGUGCAGGUCAGACACAGAGGCUGCGUCCCUCCUCGCAACAGAGGCCGAGAUUGUUCCCAGCUCCCUGGAUCAUCCAACCUUGCUAUGGAAAUCAAGCCUUGUCCUGAUGAUGGAUGUGACAACACUAGCUGUCCUGCAGGGCUGGUGAGAUACAGCUGUGCUCCCUGCCCUGUUUCCUGUGCUCACAUCAGCAGCGGGACAACCUGCGAUUCCACAGCACCCUGCUCCUCAGGUUGUUGGUGUGCUGAGGGACAGGUGAUGAACCACAUGCAAAAGUGUGUGUUACCAGAAGAGUGUGUGUGUGAGGUGGCAGGUGUGCGGUACUGGCCGGGUCAGCAGAUGAAGGUGGACUGUGAGAUCUGUGUUUGUGAGAGAGGGAGGCCUCACAGAUGCCAGCCUAACCCAGAGUGUUCAGUGCACUGUGGCUGGUCGUCAUGGACUGAGUGGGGGGAGUGUUUGGGGCCAUGUGGUGUUCAGAGUGUGCAGUGGUCGUUCCGCAGCCCAAACAACCCCAUCAAGCACGGUGAUGGGAGAGCCUGCAGAGGAAUUUACAGGAAAGCCCGUCGGUGCCAGACUGACCCCUGUGAUGAGUGCGAGUACCAGGGUCAGUCCCAUGCUGUGGGAGACAGAUGGAGGUCGGACCACUGCCUUUUAUGUCACUGUCGGCCAAACCUCACAGUACACUGUUUUCCCUUCUGUCCAUACGCUGUCAGUGGAUGCCCUCAGGGUCAAAGCCUGGUGCCUGGAGAGGGAGACAGGUGUUGUUACUGCCAAGAAAAUGACACCAUUCUUGUGACAAUCAGCCCUGACACUGUGACAUCCCCGCCAGGAGAGGGCACUAAACCUCUGGUCCCGACAUAUCCACUUCCUCCUGGAGAUGAGUGUUGGUCUCCUCUGGGUGUUCAGUCUCUCCCAGCUUCCAGUUUCAGUGCCUCCUCACAGCAGACCGGUCACCCUCCUGAGGCAGGACGCCUACACAGUUGGGAGCCACAUAGUGACCUCCAGGGCUGGAGUCCAGAACCUGAGGAGUAUAAGGACCUACCACAGCGGAGCCCUGAGGGACACGCAAGCAAAUCACAGAGCCCCUACCUGCAGAUAGACCUUCUCCAGCCAUACAACAUUACUGGUGUGCUUACCCAGGGUGGAGGGGUGUUUGGCACCUUUGUCUCUAGUUUCUAUCUCCAGUUUAGCAGCAAUGGCAGACAGUGGUACACUUACAAAGAGCUGGUGACUGAUGCCCGGCCAAGAGCCAAGGUUUUCAACGGUAACCAUGAUGAUCGAGGGGUGGCAGAGAUCCGACUGGAUAGGAUGGUCACAGCUCAGUUUGUCCGCCUGCUGCCGCAUGACUUCCAGAAUGGCAUUUACCUUCGACUUGAGAUCAUGGGCUGUGGGGAUGUCACUCCAGCAGGGGGCUGCAGAGAGAAAGAGUUCCACUGUAAAAACGGUCGCUGUGUGCCAGCAGGUCUGCAGGGAGUUGUCUGUGAUGGCGUCAAUGACUGUGGGGAUGGAUCAGAUGAGAUGCACUGUGGUACGCAGCCAUCCCCUACGUCCGUCAGUCCUCGCAGCUGCCCUGCUGGUCAAUUCUCCUGCCCUCCACCAGGGGGCUGCAUUGAGAAAGGACAUCGCUGUGAUGGGAUCCCUCACUGUCCCAAAGGAGAGGAUGAAGCAGGCUGCCAUCACCACGACAAUGCUACUACUCAGUCAGACAGACCAUACACAUCCACCCCUGCACCUCUCCGGACUCCAUCCAUUGCUGCUGUCACUCAUCCCGCAGUGAAACCGACGGAUGGUGGCCCAGGACAUCGCGGAAUCUGCUCCUCUCCUCUCGGACUGGAGGAUGGCAGAAUAAGAUAUGGUCAGCUGACCUCAUCCUCGUACCGUGAGAACAACCCCGCUGAUGCUGGACGGCUAAACAUCGUCCCUAAUGUUCAAGUCAUGGAGCCAGGAUGGAGCCCCUUGCCCACAGAUCCUCAGCCAUAUUUUCAGGUGGACUUCCUGGAGCCCACAUGGGUGUCAGGGGUGGUGACACAAGGCAGUGCACGUAUGUGGGGUUACAUCUCUAAAUACCGCCUGGCCUUCGCCCUGCACAGUAGCCUCUUCACAGACUACACUGAGGAUGGAAAGCCUGGUGGUCAAGCUCAGGUGUUUGAGGUGCGGAUGGUGGGCAGGACCCCUGUGACUCGCUGGCUUGGUCGGCUGGUCAGAGCUCGAUACCUGCGCAUCAUUCCUGUUGAGUUCAGACACACGUUCUACCUGCGUGCUGAAAUCCUCGGCUGCAGAGGAGAUGAGCUGGUGACACCCAGCACUGCGACUAAGUCUCCCUCUGGUGGUGACAAUGUAACAGUGCAGCGCUGUAAGCCCGGUCAGUUUGCAUGUCAGCACAGUGAAGACUGCGUCUCUGUCUCUGUGCUGUGUGACGGUCGACCGGACUGCAAGGACCACUCUGACGAGAUCAACUGUGGUACGGCUCCAACUAGAGGCCCUCCAGGGCUACAUACCACCAGGUCCCCAGGUGGCCAUCCUGGUGUCGCUAGUGAGGGUGUCACAGGUGAACCUGGACUUCAGAAGACUUCGACCUCAAAUCAAGGCCUUUGGACUACCACCCCAUCGAUCUACCCAGGUGUCACCACAGGCCAACCAGGACUGCAUCUCACCACAAGCCCUACUUCUGGAAAACCUGGGUUGCAAACCACAAAAGCCCCAUGGAUUGCGACAACUUCCCAUGAUGGUGGACUACCCAGGGUGCUUUGCGUGGAGGGCCAAUAUGCAUGCCGGUCAUUUGGCUGUGUGGACUCAGCGCAGGUGUGUGAUGGCAGACAGGACUGUUUGGACGGGUCAGAUGAAGAACGCUGCGGCACCACAGCCAGGCCAGCUGUGACUCCAAAGGGCCCACCGCUGCCCAGUCCUUGCUCUGCAAAGCAGUUCUCUUGUGUCAGUGGGGAGUGUGUUCACCUGGACCGCAGAUGUGAUCUGCAGAAGGACUGUGUUGAUGGAUCGGAUGAAAAAGACUGUGUGGACUGCAUCAUGUCCCCCUGGACAGCCUGGAGUGCAUGCAGUGUAACCUGUGGUCUGGGCUCCUUGUUCCGACAGAGGGACAUAAUGAGAGAAGCUCUUCCAGGUGGAGCCUGUGGUGCAGCUCAGUUCGACAGUCGAGCCUGUUUCCCUCGAGCAUGUCCAGUUAACGGCCACUGGUCAGAGUGGACGGAGUGGUCCGAGUGUGAUGCUCAGUGUGGAGGUGGUGUCAGGCAGAGGAACAGAACCUGCUCUGCUCCUCCUCCCAAGAAUGGAGGAAAGGAGUGUGAGGGCAUGACCCUGCAGAGCCAGAGCUGCAACAGCCAGCCCUGCACCAAAGACACAGGCACACAGACAGGCUGUGUAAACAACAUGGUUCUAGUGACUGAAUCAGACUGCCGGGCUGGGAGGGUUGAGCCCUGUCCUCCUACCUGCUCACAUCUCAGCUCCACCAGCAACUGCACUGAGGCAUGCAUACUAGGGUGUCGCUGUCCUGAUGGUCUGUAUCUUCAAGGUGGGCGAUGUGUGAAUGCUAGUCAAUGUGUUUGUGUCUGGAACGGUCAAACACUACAGCCAGGACAAAUCAUCAUCAAGUACCAUUGUACCACAUGUGUGUGCCAAGAUGGACAAGUAACCUGUGACAACUCCAAAUGUGUUGCAACCUGUCAUUGGUCAGCCUGGUCGUCAUGGUCACCAUGUGAUGUAACUUGUGGUCUGGGGCUACAGCAACGCUACAGGUCUCCAGUGAACCCAGCUGGAGCAGUCAGAGUUCAGAUGUGUCCAGGAGACUCCUCUGAGGCCCGCCACUGCUCCAGCUCCUGUCGUCCAUUGUUGCCAGAUGGCGUCUGGAGUAAAUGGACCAGCUGGUCGGAGUGUAGCAAGACAUGUUUCAACCACGUCGAUGACGUUGGAAUCAGGCGACGAUUUCGCAGCUGCAACCACACCCUGACGGCCUUUAACCACACCCAUACGGACUCUGACUGUGGUGGAGACGGCGAGGAGCAGGAGCCUUGUAACACACUGCACUGUCCAGUGCAUGGCGGCUGGUCCGAAUGGUCACCAUGGUCUCAGUGUUCAUCAGAGUGUGACUCUGGCGUCCAAACAAGAGAGCGGUUCUGCAAUUCACCCCCAUCACAGUAUGGAGGCAACAGCUGCUCUGGGCCUCAUAUACAGACUGGAGACUGCAACUCCCACCCCUGCUCAGGUGUGUGUCCAGAGGGCAUGGUGUACAUGACAGCAGCAGAGUGUGAGGCUCAUGGCGGUGCAUGUCCUCGCGUGUGUUUGGACAUGACCUCCACAGAGGUGCAGUGUGCCACCUCCUGUUAUGAUGGCUGCUACUGUGCCCUGGGCUUUUACCUGCUCAACAGCAGCUGUGUGCCCUUGGCGCAGUGUCCAUGUUACCACCAGGGGGAGCUGUAUCCUGCUAGUGCCUCAAUGCCUGUUGAUGCCUGCAAUAACUGUACCUGCAUUAAUGGAGAAAUGGAGUGUGGGACCGCUCCCUGCUCUGUUGACUGCGGCUGGAGCAGUUGGACGCAGUGGAGCGCUUGCAGUCGAACGUGUGAUGUUGGGGUGAGAAGGCGGUAUCGUUCGGGAACCAAUCCUCCUCCAGCUUUUGGUGGUCAGCCCUGCAAAGGAGACAGAGUUGGGAUUGAUACCUGCAGCAUUGAACCCUGUAUCGGUGUGAAGGAGCCAUGGAGCGCAUGGUCAAAGUGCUCAGUGACAUGUGGAGGAGGUUACAGGACCCGAACCCGUGGGCCCAUCAGAGUCCAUGGAACUGCUCAGCAGUUCAGUGCCUGCAACCUGCAGCCUUGUGGCGAUGGUAAAGCGUGUCCUCCUGGCCAGGAGUGGAAGCAGUGUGUGAGGGGGGCAGUGUCAUGCACAGACCUCACAAUGGACAUCAGCAGGAACUGCACACCUGGCUGCCAGUGUCCACAAGGGACAGUCCAACAGGAUGGUGUGUGUGUGCGGGAGCCUGACUGUCGCUGUGAUGUGGGUGGAGAGCAGUACAAACCAGGAGAUACUGUCCCCACAGACUGCAACAACUGUACAUGUGAAGCAGGGAGGCUGCUCAACUGCUCUCAAGUCAGCUGCAAUGUUGAUGGCCAUUGGUCAACGUGGACUCCGUGGGGUCAGUGUUCGGUGUCGUGUGGAGCAGGUCUCCAGUCCCGGUAUCGGUUCUGUUCCAGCCCCCAGCGCUCAGGCAGCGGCCUGCCGUGUGUGGGUGCACACAGAGAGGAUCAAGUCUGUGUCAACACUCCAUGUGACCGGGAUGGCGGCUGGAGUCAGUGGAGUAACUGGACGGACUGCACCAAGUCAUGUGGCGGGGGGGUUAAAAGCAGGAGGAGAGAGUGUGACAGUCCCAGUCCAGAAGGGGAGGGGAACUACUGUGAGGGGCUGGGAACUGAGGUUAUAGCCUGUAACACUGCCCACUGUCCAGUGGCUCCAUGCUCGCAGGUCCCAGGCACAGUGUUCAGUAGCUGUGGUCCCUCCUGCCCUCGCUCCUGUGACGACCUGGCUCACUGUGAGUGGCAAUGUGAGCCAGGGUGCUACUGUACAGAGGGAAAGGUCCUGUCUGCUAACGGGACAGUCUGUGUGGAGAGAGAAGACUGCGCCUGCCUGGACCUUAGUACUGGACACAUACUUGAACCAGGGGAGACCAUGGUAGCCCCUGAUGGAUGUAACAACUGCACCUGUGACGGAGGGAGGCUCAACUGCUCAAGAGACCCAUGUCCAGUGGCUGGUGGCUGGUGUGAGUGGUCAGAGUGGACUCCAUGCUCCAGGACCUGUGGGGCAGAGUCAGUCUCUCGUUACAGGAGCUGUGGCUGUCCGGAGCCCAAGGCUGGAGGAGCGGCCUGCUCUGGAGAACAGGAGAUACACAACGGGGUGGGAGUUCAAAUCCAGAGACAGCCCUGCCCUGUCAUUACCUUCUGUCCAGUGCACGGUUCGUGGAGCCCCUGGUCAGUGUGGUCUGAGUGUGAUGGCUGUGCCGGAGCGUCCACUCGCACCAGGCAGUGUAACAGUCCUCCUGCCAGGUUUGGUGGUCUGCCCUGUCUUGGGGAGGGCAGGCAGAGGCGGGGUUGCCAUGACAACAUGACUGUCUGCGCAGACUGCGGCGGCGGUCAGGAGGAAUGGCCUUGUGGGAAGUCCUGUCCUCGCUCUUGCUCGGAUCUCCAUGGUGACACAGAGUGCUUGGACUCCCCCGGGUGCCAAAAGACCUGCGGUUGUCCGGGUGACAUGGUUCUGCAGGAUGGAGUGUGUGUGACCAGGGAGGAGUGUCGCUGCAAAUACCACAACACCUCUUCUACUGAAAUGACAUUCAACGGGCUUGAUUCCACUAAUGCAUCAUGGGUAUGGCCGGGUGGAUCUGAUUGGCAGUUUGCAUAUCCUGGAGACACCAUCAUCAGUGAUUGCAAAAACUGUUCAUGCGAUGCUGGGGUUCUGCAGUGUCACUCUGUCCCUGGUUGCCAUGUUGAUGGUGGCUGGAGCCAAUGGGGGGCCUGGACUGAUUGCUCACUUCUUUGUGGAGGAGGAAUAAAGUUCAGAAGACGCCACUGUAAUAACCCGACUCCUCAGAGCGGUGGGAGAGGCUGUUUGGGAUUCGCGGAACAGCAGAAAGACUGCAACAUCCACCUUUGCACAGAAUCCAAGGGUCCAUGGCUCCCCUGGUCCAAGUGGUCUGUGUGUUCGGUCAGCUGUGGAGGAGGACAGCAGUCCCGCUCUCGUGUCUGCAGCUCUCAACCCUGCAGCGGCCUUAGUCGCCAGAGUAAGACCUGCAACACCCAGGUCUGCCUCGAAGUGGGCUGCCCUCCUGGCAGGUUGUACAGAGAGUGUGAACGAGGUGAAGGCUGUCCUUUCAGCUGCGCUCAGGUCAGCGGCAGGGAGGGAUGCUACUCUGAUGGCUGUGAGGAAGGCUGUCACUGCCCCCAAAACACCUAUCAACAUCAAGGAGCAUGUAUGCAGGAGUGUCCAUGUCUGGUAGACAAAGAGUUUCUGGCCUCUCUGCAAAGUGUUUCCAUCUCACCUAUCUCAUCUCUGCUCCUCCAUAACAUCUCUGAGGGAGUGGAACUUCAGCCUGGAGACACUGUGGUCCAUGACUGUAGCACCUGCGGCUGUGAGCAUGGCAGGUGGAACUGUUCCUUGGAGUAUUGCCCAGUUGAUGGAGGUUUGUCACCCUGGGGCUCCUGGAGUUCCUGCUCCCUGUCCUGUGGAGGUUUAGGACUGAAGACUCGCUCCAGGGGCUGCACACAGCCUGCACCUGCCCAUGGAGGGAGAGACUGCCAGGGGGCACGGCAGGAAACCACCUACUGCCAGGCACCAGACUGCCCAGUUGUUGUUGGUCCUACAGAUGAACCAAUUGUACCAGAUGAAGAUGCUGGUUUCUCUCCCUGGUCAUUAUGGAGUCCCUGCACUAAGACAUGCACUGAUGCUCUGAGCCCAGCCAUGAAGUCCCGCCAUCGACAGUGUGAGAAACCUCCCUGCUCUGGAAGCUCUCACCAACAGAAGGCCUGUAACCUUCCCCAGUGUCCAGAUGGAUCUGAAGUGUGCGUAGGGGGCGGCUGUGCACAGAAAAACUGUUCCUGGACAGAAUGGGCCGAUUGGAACUCCUGUUCGCGGUCUUGUGGAGUGGGUCAGCAGCAGAGGAUCCGGACCUUCCUCAGCCCGGGGACCAACGGCUCCUGGUGUGAAGACAUCCUGGGAGGAAACCAGGAGCAUCGCUUCUGUAACAUCAAGCCCUGCAGAGUGGAUGGAGGUUGGUCUCGUUGGAGUCCGUGGUCCCGCUGUGAUAAGCGCUGUGGUGGCGGGCGUUCCAUACGCACCCGCACCUGCUCCAGCCCUCCACCCAAGAACGGUGGCAAGAAGUGCAAAGGAGAGAAGAACCAGGUCAAACCCUGUAACACCAAACCCUGUGACGAGAAAGGCUGCCCGCCAGGCCAGGAGUUCGUCUUGUGUGCCAACCAAUGCCCACAGCGCUGCUCAGACCUCCAGCAGGGAAUCGAGUGCCAAGGAAACACCGAAUGUCAGCCCGGCUGUCGCUGCCCUGAAGGACAACUGCAACAGGACGGAGUGUGUGUGCAGCUGUGGCAGUGUGACUGUGUGGACUCACUGGGACAGAUUUGGGCAGCUGGCAGUUUGCACCAGGUGGACUGUAACAACUGCAGCUGCUCUGACGGACAGCUCCUCUGCACCAAUCACAGCUGCCACUCCACUUGCGUUUGGAGCUCCUGGUCCAGCUGGGCGUCCUGCAGUGUUUCCUGUGGGCAGGGCCAAAGAACCAGAUACAGGUCACAGAUCCCAGAGAGUGAAGGGACAGAUUGCCAGUUUGAGGAAGUCCAGCAUAAAUCCUGCGACCCAGGACUUUGCCCACCUCUCUGUCUCCAUGACAACCGGGAGCUCCAUGUGGGAGACACCUGGCUGCAGGGCGAGUGUAAACAAUGCACAUGCACUCCAGAGGGAGAUUACUGCCAAGACAUUGACUGCAGAGUGGAUGGUGGUUGGACCCCAUGGUCAGUAUGGUCGGACUGCUCAGUGACAUGUGGUCGGGGCACACAGGUGCGAACCCACGCCUGUAUCAAUCCUCCUCCACGCAACAACGGCUCUCAGUGCAGCGGGCCAGAGAGAGAAACACAGGACUGUCACACUCCUCUCUGUCUAGAUGACCUAUGCCCCUGGUCGCCAUGGUCACCGUGUUCCCGGAGCUGCGGCGCGGGUUCUGUGUCACGGCACAGGGUGUGUGUGUGUGAGGAAGGCGGGGAUGCAGCGUGCCCCUCUGAGAUCGAGGCCGAGAGGAACAGAGAGGAGACCCAGCUGUGUUACAAACAGCCCUGUCCAGGCUGUCCCAUGUCUCAGUGGAGUGUUUGGUCCAAGUGUUCCUGUGAGUCUCAGAAGCAGCAGCGCUACCGUGUAGCUCUCUCCCCAGCCACCAGGGGGCAACAGUGCACUCCUGUUGAAACACAAAGCAGGACAUGCAGUCUGAGUCAAUGUGAUAGUUGUGAAGCCCCGUUUGUGUUCUCAGCAUGUGGUGCACCCUGUGAGAAGCAGUGUGCGCUGCAGGGCCAUCGAGAUCAAUGUUUAGGUGUCAAGGAGUGCACACCUGGCUGCUACUGCCCCCAGGGUCUGCUGCAGCAAAAUGGAACAUGCGUUCCCCCCGAGCAGUGUGGCUGUGUCCACCUUCAGGACCAGGCGUCAGGACAACCACCCACACCUGUGACCAUCCCCCAGGGUGGCACUGUCACCAUCGGCUGCAGUACUUGCCUUUGCCAUGAUGGAACUUUGCAAUGUGACAUGAGAGAGUGUGAAGUCAUCCUCAGCGAGUGGUCACAGUGGACUCCUUGUUCUCCCUGUGCACCCUCUUCCUCCAUGCUGCAAAGCGAAUUUCAAGCCGAACUCAUCAGCAGCGCUAAAAUGCUCUCAAUACAGAGGCGUUUCCGGGCUUGUUUGGACCUGGACUCUGGUUUCCCAGUCCCAAAAGAGGAAGAGGAGAGCCAAUGUCCGGGACCACUUGUAGAGGAGAGGCUCUGUCCAGAUGCAAGCAUCUGCAGAGAUCUGUGUCAGUGGAGUGCGUGGAGCGCCUGGACAGCCUGCGCUGAGCCGUGCAGCGGUGGAGUCCGACAGCGCUUCAGAUGGCCCCUGGCCUCUGCUCCGGGACCGAAGUGCAAGAGCCAACAGACCCAGAGUCAGAGCUGUAACACGGGACUCUGCCCAGGUGAGCGCUGUGAGGACAGGGGGCGGACCUACCAAGAGAAUUGUGCCAAUCAAUGUCCCCGCAGCUGCACUGACUUAUGGGAGCAUGUGCAGUGUCUCCAGGGAGCCUGUCACCCAGGUUGUCGGUGUCAAGAAGGACAGUUGUUGCAGGACGGCCACUGUGUGUCAGUUGCAGAGUGUCGCUGUGGAAUCCCAUCAGGCAAUGGGACACUAGAGUUUAACCCCAAAGAGGAACUUUCUGUAGACUGCAACACCUGUGUGUGUGAGAAUGGCACUCUGGUGUGCACCAAACUCCCUUGCCCGGUUUAUGAGCCUUGGAGUCCGUGGAGCUCCUGCUCAGCCUCCUGUGGACGUGGACAGAGGACGAGGACGCGCCUCUGCCAGGACACAGAGGGCGGUCCUUCCUGUGCUGACACCAUGCAGACAGAGAGCUGUGAAGUGAUUGCAACAUGUCCAGUGGGAUGUCUUCUUAGCGAGUGGUCUCCCUGGAGUGAAUGCAGCACCACAUGUGGAGGUGGGGCAUCAAUGCGGAACAAGACAGUCCUCAGAGAGUCAGAGCCUGGUGGGGCGGCUUGUGUUGGACCACUUGAACAACACACUGUCUGCAAUACCAACAGCUGCCUGCCUGACUGUCCCAGGGGACAGGUGUAUCAUAACUGUUCAGGUUCCUGCCCAUAUACCUGUGAGGACCUGUGGCCCCACACCCAGUGUUUACCUGGACCCUGCACCCCUGGGUGCGAUUGCCCUACAGGACAGGUGUUGCAUGGCGGCUCCUGUGUCUCCCAUGACGAUUGUCCUUGCUCGCCCCUGUCGCUGCCGGCUGGUUACCGAAGCUGGAACAUCAGUGAGGACGAGGACACAGAAGCUCUGCUGCCACCUGGGACUGCCGUUCACCACCUCUGCAACACAUGUGUGUGCCGGCGUGGAGCGUUCCACUGUACCUCCGAGCUCUGUGAUGUGGACUGCGAGUGGUCCAGCUGGUCUCCGUGGAGUCCGUGCUCAGCAAGCUGUGGUACGGGGCGACAGCGCUCCACCAGAAUCAUCCUGCAGCCCAGUCAGUAUGAGGGGGCCCAAUGUGAGGGCCCAGACCACCGCGCAACCCCCUGCACGGCCCCCGACUGUGCGUGUCCUGCUGGCGAGCAGUGGAGGAGGAGUGUGUCCCCGCUGUGCGAGAGGAGCUGCGAGGACAUUUACUCCUCUCCUGUCAACUGCACCCACUCCAUCGAAGGCUGCGUGUGUCAGGAGGGGCUUUAUCGAAACGCGGAGGGAGUGUGUGUCAUUCCAGCUCUCUGCCCCUGCCAUGACCAGGGCAUCGUGCAAGAGGCAGGAGCGGAGUGGGAUGAAGGCUGUCUGUCAUGCCGCUGUGUGAACGGGAAAAAGCUGUGCCAGUUAAGAUGUCCUCCACUUCGCUGUGAUGAGGGGGAGGUCAAGGUGGAGGAGCCUGGCAGCUGCUGUCCGAUCUGUCGAAAGCAGUUUCCUGGCGAGCCUGUGCCAGAGUGUCGUCGCUACCUGCAGGUCAGGAACAUCACCAAGGGAGACUGUCGGCUUGACAACGUGGAGGUCAGCUUCUGCAGGGGACGCUGUCUGUCCAGGACUGAUGUAAUCCUGGAGGAGCCCUACCUCCAGUCAGUGUGUGAGUGCUGCAGUUACCGUUUGGACCCCGACAACCCGGUCCGUUUCCUCAGCCUGCGGUGUGAGAGCGGGGAGAGCGAGCCUGUCGUCCUGCCUGUCAUACACAGCUGCGAGUGCACCAGCUGCCAAGGAGGUGACCUGUCCAGACGCUGAGCGAGUAUGUUGAGUGGGUCGGUGAGCUGAGCGUGUGUGAGUGUGAAUCUGAACGUGUGUGGCACGAGAGAGAGAGAGUGAGAGAGAGAGAGAGAGAGCAGGGUGAACACUGAUCCGAGGAAGAGCUCAGCACUGAAAGCCCAGCUGGGUGACGGAUGGGGAGCUUUGGGACGGACGGACCAAAGGAUGGAGCGGAUGAGUAGAGUCCUGUUGAUGUACACAUCUUUAGUCUUUAGUCAUCAUAUGACUGGAUACUUCUGCGAAUAGUAAUGUUCUAAAAUGUUGUUUGUUCUUCAGCCUGUACAGCAUUUUUUCUUGUGUAUAUUUAUAGUAAUAUUAAAGGACCUAUAAUACAAUCUAAGUAAUAUCUAUAUGGGUCAGGAAUGUUUACUUAGUAUGUUUAAAGAAAAUGUUUGUACCAGCAGCUGUUUUAUGGAAGUGUUAAUGUUUAAAUAAAAAGACUCCACAUACA